GACUUUUUUUUUCGCCCACUGAGGCAUUUCAUGAAAAAAUAUCUCAAGAUGCGGGUGUUUUGGUUUUUUCUCGGGUGCUUACCUUUAAUUGCAGUUCAGGCUUCUGCUGACAAAGUGAUCUACUGCUAUUUCGGCAGCUGGUCAUGCUAUCGUCCAAAAAAUGGUAAAUUCAUCGUGGAGGAUAUUGACCCAUCGCUGUGCACGCACCUGGUGUACACAUUCGUGGGUCUAGAAGGUGACAAUGUGAGCAUUCUGGAUCCCUGGCAGGAUCUCCCUGACUCCUCAGGAAAGGACGGAUUCCGUCGUUUCAAUGAACUUCGUCUGAAGUCCCCCGGUCUGAAAACCAUGAUCGCCAUGGGAGGAUGGAACGAAGGCUCAACUCAAUAUUCCGAAAUGGCGUCAACACUCGAAUCUCGUCGGAAAUUCAUCAACAACGUCGUCAGGUUCAUCACGAAAUACGGAUUCAACGGUUUUGAUUUGGACUGGGAGUAUCCAGCACAGCGUGGGGGAGUACCAGAGGAUCGUGAAAAUUAUGUUGCACUCCUGAAGGAGUUGAGACUGCGUUUUGAUGAGGAGGGACUUAUUCUGAGUGCGGCUGUGGCUGCUGCUGAGUCAUCAGCCUCGAAAUCCUUCAUCAUUCCUGAGAUCAGCAAGUAUCUGGACUUCAUCAACAUCAUGGCUUAUGAUUUUCAUGGAGCCAAGGAUCCUGUCACUGGAAUUAAUGCACCACUUCGGGUGUCUCGUGAUGAUGCACCGAAGGACAGGAAGUGGAAUGUCGAAGCCGCUGUUAAAUACUGGCUGCAACAAGGUGCACCCAAGGAGAAACUCAUCCUCGGGAUGCCACUGUAUGGACGCACUUUUACUCUUAUCAAUUCAGCGAAUAAUUCGGUUGGAGCUCCUGCUCGUGGACCUGGUGCUGCUGGGCCUUAUACUCGGGAGCCUGGGGUUCUCGCGUAUAAUGAAAUCUGUGAGAGCCAGGCCAGGGGUGGGUGGAAAAUUGUUUUCGAUGAUGAGAGAUACGUACCCUACAUGAGCAAGGGAAACCAGUGGGUGGGAUAUGACAAUGUCAAAUCGAUUGCGGGAAAAGCAAAACUCAUCAAGGAUUUGGAUCUGGCUGGUGCGAUGGUAUGGAGUGUCGACUUUGACGACUUCAGGGGAAUUUGUGGUGAGAAAUAUCCACUCCUGAAGACUGUUAAUGCAGUUCUCCAGGGUCGAACGCCAGUUCCUGACGAAAAAACUACAACACAAACCCCAGGACAACCAGAAUCAACGCCUCCAUCGAGCCGUUGCGAAAAAGAGGGACUCUUCCCUGAUCCUCAUUCCUGCGGCUUCAUCAGCUGUAUUAAAAAUCAUUCAGGUGAAUUCAUCGAACAUGCCAUGCAGUGCCCCCCUGGUUUGUGCUUCAAUCCAAAAAAUAAAAUCUGCGAUUGGUCACCCAAUGAGUGGAUUCUCUCAGAUUAAUUGGAAUUGAUAAAAAUUCAUUGAUUCUCAUACUCUGCAAUGCAUUAAUUCAAUUUUUCAAGUGUCAUGAUAAUUUCUAAAAAAACAUUGACUACAAAUUUUCGUUGCAAUAAAUUUAUGAAGUGUGAA